AUGGACAGACUACCGGCGGACUGCAUCUCUCGCAUUAUGGCCUUCACUUCGCCGAAGGAUAUCUGCAGUUCGGCGGCGGUCUCGUCGGCGUUCCGAUCAGCGGCCGAGUCCAACACUCUGUGGAAGACUUUUUUGCCGGCGGAUUACCGUGAGAUUAUUGCUCAGGCGCCAUCUUCAUCAUCUUCUUCGCUUCUGAAUUCCUUGUCUGAGAAGGCUCUCUACUUCCAUCUCUGCGAUCAUCCUCUUCGCAUCCACUCUGGAAACUCGAUUAUUGCGUUGGAGAAAGAGAGUGGGAGACAAUAUAUUAUGAUAGCAGCAAGAGAUCUACAUAUUAUGGAGUGUAGAUUGUCAAGUUGGACAUGGGAAUCUGUCCCUAAUUCCAGGUUUUUCCAAGUGGGUGAUUUGUACAUCGAACCAUGGUUUAAAGUGAAAGGAAAGAUAGAGGGCAGAAAUUUAAGUCCGAGAACCAAUUAUGCAGCUUAUCUUGUGUUCAAGCUUAUAGUAAACAAAAGUUGUGGUUGCAGACGUCUUCUAAUAAGGACUAAGUUUGAGGAAGGCAAUAACAGGCUGGUGCAAUUACACCCUGCUCCCAAAGGGAAUCCUCAAAAAAGAGGGGAUGGAUGGUUGGAAAUUGAAAUGGCCCAAAUCUUUAACAAUCGCCCAAUUGUUUUUCGUAUGAAGAAAUUCGAUGACCGUUGUCGGAAUUGUGGGUUCAUUCUCAGAGGGAUUCAGAUAAGGCCCAUGUCACCACUGGAAUAG